UUGUUCUUUAGACUGUGUUCUUUGAACUCAGAGAAGCUUGAGGUUUAUCCUCAAUCUAUCCACCCAAUCUUUUCAUUGUACUCCGGUACAUGACAAUUGGUAUCAGACUCCAUCCUAGAACCCGUAGCCAUGGCCACCACAGAAAAGCUUCAGAAGAUUUCAUCAAUUGUUGCUCAACAAACACAUUCAAUCACUGAAAUCAAAUCUGUGAUUAGUUCUAUGAGUACCGAAUUGGAUCUUAUUCUAAAUCUGCUUGGAAUCGAUCCACAUCAGUCAUCAAACAUGGAAGAGUCUCCUGAUUCAAUUGGGGAUUUCACUGUUUCUCCAUCUGAGGAAAUCAAAUCAACUUCUAUUGGUGUUGAUGAAAAAAAGGAUUCUCUCGAAUUGGCGUAUGUUCCUCCAUUUUUCCUUGCUGAAAACGAAGCUGAUUCUUCCACUGAUGUUGUGAGUUUUGAAUUUAAAGAAACCAGUGAAGUUACCGUGAAUGAUUUUGAUAGGAAUAAUCACAUAAACACGGAAAUUAAUGGCUUCUCCAAGUUAUCUCCAGUUACAUUUGACAACAUGAAAGAUAUAGAGAUGCAGUUUUGUGUCAAAAUUUCUGAGAAGAAUUUUGAUAUAUCUGCAAACUUAAUGAAGUUAUUCCUUCUUCAUAACAAGUUACUUCGUAAGGAUUGUGUUGGUCUCCGUCGUGAUGAUACUCGUUCCUUAUUUGAUCGAGGUAAGUGUACUGUGAUACCAUCACUUACUUAUACGACAUUACUUCUUCAAUUGCUUCUUAGCCUGCGGCAUGACUCAGAAUUGCAGUUUAUACAUUCGUUUCCUCAUUUAUGUGUUAAUGAUUUUGCAAUUCAUGUUGCGAAGAAAAUGUUUGUUCACAUAACUGAGAGAGAUAGAUUCUUAUUAUUCUUACUGGCUAAAGUAAUUACUUUUGAGAUGGAUAAUCAGUUGAUGUUUCAUAUGGUUGAUAUGCGGAGAGCAGUAAAUUUUCUUUUGCUAAUGCUUCACAAAAUUCAGUUUGCUUCAACUAUCUUCUUUCAUAGUUUCAUCCAAGAGCAUUGUCGUAAUCGUGGAACAGUUCAGGGACUUUCUUAUUCUGUGGUUGACUAUCAAUUCAGUAUUGGUCUAUCUAAUUCUUGCUCAAUUGUACCAGCUUGUAUGAUUUAUACUGGUGGUGUUUGCUUCUACCUUUACUUUGUUUAUACUUGUUCCCUAUUUGAUCGCGGGAAGGGGUUUGAUAGAUCAAUUUUUACGAAUAAUUACAAUGGAACAUUUAAUUACAUACUGGUUCUUAAUCAUGGGCAUGGAUUGGAAUUGUUGUAUGCGAAUUCGACUGUGCAUGGAAUUUUAAUGAUAGUGGUACUUGUUAUGACAGUAAGGUGCAUAUCGAAAUGUUACAAAUGAUUUGGAUAACCAAGAUUCCGUGGAAGGGAGUGGUUGAAACUGUGCAGGCUUAUCCACUGCUUAGUAAAAUGUCUCAAUGAGGUACUGCAUAUUGUAAUUUAGUGGUAACUCAAGUCAUAAAGAAGUAUGAGGCGGAUAAGACAUACGUAUGGUUUAGUAAAAUGCAUAAUACUAUUCUAUGGAGUUGUUGUGUAGUUGCAGAUUUCUUAUGUUUGCAGCUCCCAGAUAGGUUACCUACAGGUGUAAAUUGCCUCCAUGUUCGAUCAAUGAAGAUUCUUCUUAUUGAAAAGGAUAAAUAUGAUGUCUUAAGGAUUCUUGUGCCGAGUUUAACAGGUAACAUUAAUUUUCUUUCAAUCAAUACGGCAGUUACAGUCUAUCAUGGGGCCUGUAAAGUACAAAUUCGAGCUUCUCCUUCUCAUGUGUUGCUGCCUUGGGAUACUUGUGGCAAUUUUUUUUAUGGCCUGCUUAUGAGAUCUUAUAUCUACGUCAAAAUGGUGUCUACCCACUUACUUCAUGUCUUAAAUUCAGGCUUAUUUAUGCACAGUACCUUGCUUGCUCCUGCGAUCUAUGAGACUCUUACCGUUCUAAAGGUAUUUGCACUGGUUUUUUUUUACCAAGUUGGAGUUCUUUGCAAUGUUAAGUGGAACUCCGAUAUUCCUCACAGUAAUGAGUAUUAUGAAUGUGCUGAUAUGGUUCGAGUACUUGAAGUGGAAAUUCAGAUUAGGCUCAACAAGUUUAUGGAGUACGAGAAUUAAUAAUUGUGUUAUAUAGCUUUUCAUCAAGCUACUUGGACAACCUGUCUCUCUGAGCUGUGUUCGUUUGUUGUUUGAUAAAGGAAAAAUUCUUAAACCCAUUUUAGGAAAAUCUAAUUCUAAGAGUUUUGGUGUUGCUAGUUGGAUCGCGUUUCAAAGCACAUAAGUGAAUGAUUAUAGAUGAUUUUUUACGGUUUCACGACAUGGUGCAAUAGGUAAAAUUAGUUUUUUUAUGAAAGAUACAUUUGUUAUUCAAAUGCGAAUUACAGAGAAGGUACCUGGGUUUCUUGUUAACAUUCCUGAGAGUGCUUUGUGGAAUUGGAGCAGGAGUGAAGCUGAAAUUAUCCAACAUAGAAAUGAGAAUUCAGCUGCAUUUGUUCUCCAGUACUUGUACUCUGUCAAACAUAGACAUAUGUGCUGCGAUACACUGACGUGUAAGGCAUAUCAACAACCAAGGGGUUAUAUACAGCUUGAGUUCUCAGAUAGGACAAUGGGAAUGCUUAGUCAGCAUUGGAUUCUUACUGGGACGUCAACAAGUUCAUCUCCCAAUGAAGUAGAUGCUUCCACUUAUGUGGUAACGAUCCAAGACAAAGUUUUUGAGCAGUUACAUGAUUACUUAUGGCUUACAACCUAAGGCAUGCACAAUUAAUGAAAGGAAGAAAGUUGUGGUGGACGUGCUAAAAUUAGAAGUUUCACAGAGACUCAAAAUGGUUGACAGGUUAAAAAAAGGAAUUAUUAAAGCUGAACAUUUUAUUUCCAGAUUUCUAAUCAGUAACUUCAAGCAGCUGACAACCUUUUCUACUGGAAAGAUUAAGACACCUCAACCGAUGAGUACAACGGAUUGCUCUCGGAAGAUUGUCCAAGACAACCUUGCUAGUCAGUUCUUUCAUCCUUGAAGACAAGGAUGUCUUGAAGGGGUGGGGAAUGUCAUGUGCCUCAUGUGAAGAGAGUGCCCCAUAUCCUGUUGGUGUCAGUAUUUAGUAUUAGUUGUUGGUGGUAGUGUUUAGCUUAAUAAUAGGUGGUAGUAUUUAGUAUCAGUUGUAUGGGAUGGGUAAGAUUUAGCCAUCUGUGCUGGUAGUAGCCGUUAGAUGCAAGGAAGGGAAGCUUAGCAUUAUAAGCUAAUUGUUCUGUAAUGAAAACUUUAGAGCAUAGCUCGGUUGAACCCAUCAAGCGUUGGUAUGUCAAGUUUGGUUGUCAUAUUCUAGUGAACCAAAACUCAUUUAAAGAGUCGCUUGAUUAUAUGCUAGGGUCAACU